AGCCAUUUCAUCGUCAGGCGUCUGUCGAGUGUGUUCGACGUGAUUCAGGAACCACCGAAGUCAGCUGUACGAAAUCACAAUUUAAAUCGAGAUGACUCACGAGAACGUCGAGGUCGCCCAGGCUAAUGGGGCUAAGCCCGAAGUGGCGGAGAGCGGAGGCAAGCCCGCCGCUACGGUCGAGGGCAAAGUUGGCGCUCUGAAGAUCGAAGAAGCCAAUGGCAAGGUUGGAAAGGAGGCUGCCGCGGCUGCUCCGGCGGAGAAAACGAAUGGAGACAUCGCUGAAAAGUCAGAUGUAAAGGAAGACGGCGCCGAGGCCGAGGCAUCGACGUCCGAGAAGAAGGAGGAUGAAGCGAGCGACGACAAGGGUGACGCGAAGGAGGAGAAGGCCGCCAAAAAGAAGAGCAAGCGUUUCUCGCUGAACAAGCUCAAGAAAAUUCUCUCGUUCGCCGAAAAGAAGAAGGGCAAGAAAACCGACGGCGUCAAAGAGGAGGACGCUGCCGCAGUCAAGGAAGAGGGAGAUGCUGCUAAACAAGAGGGCGAAAAGAAGGAAGACGCGCCCGCCGCCUCCGAAUCCGCCGAAAAGAAGGAUGAUGACAAGAAGACGGAAGAUGCCACACCAGCGCCCGAACAGCAAAAGACGGAAGCUGAAACCAAGGAUGGCAUGGCUGAGAACAAAGAGGAUGUUCCUGCAAGCAAAGGACACGGCCGGAAGCAUAAUGACGGCCGUCGCAAGCAAACGAGGUUUCCGAAAGAGAAAGGAAAAGCCUUCGCCAAGAAGGUGCCAUCCGGCGACAACGAACGACGAGAAAUCGAACAGUUGAAAAAGCUCUAUGAUACGUUCGAUUUCGGGAAGUGGGACACGUUCAAGGAGGCGCCUCUUUCCGUGAAGACGAAGGCUGGUCUCGAUAGGGGAGGUUUCGUGAAACCUACGCGCAUCCAGAAGGAGACCCUAGGUCUCGCUCUCAGAGGCGGCGAUAUUCUCGGAGCAGCGAAGACAGGCUCCGGGAAAACUCUGGCUUUCGUUGUGCCUAUACUGGAAAUUUUGUUUCGGGAAAUGUGGACUCGACUCGACGGUCUGGGAGCGCUAGUCAUCACACCCACCAGAGAGCUCGCGUAUCAAAUUUUCGAAGUGCUCAAGAAAGUUGGAAUCAGACAUGAUUUCUCCGCCGGUCUCAUAAUCGGUGGGACGGAAGUGGGAUUCGAGCGGAAACGACUUCAAGGCUGUAACAUAAUCAUAUGCACACCAGGACGACUCCUUCAGCACAUGGAUCAGAAUCCACUGAUGGACCCUACCAAUCUCAAAAUUCUUGUACUCGACGAAGCGGACAGGAUUCUCGACAUGGGCUUCCAAAGAGACAUGAACGCAAUUCUGGAGAAUCUGCCAUCGGAUCGCCAAACUUUGCUCUUUUCGGCGACCCAGACUAAAUCUGUGAAGGACCUCGCUCGGCUCUCACUGAAAGAUCCGUCGUAUAUAUCGGUCCAUGAGAAAUCAGCGAAAGCGACUCCUGAAGACCUGCACCAGGACUACUUGGUGUGCGAGCUCCACGACAAAUUGAGUUUGCUGUGGUCGUUCCUCAAAAAUCACAAGAGCAAGAAGAUCAUCGUCUUCAUGUCGUGCUGCAAGCAAGUUCAGUUCAUCAAUACCAUCAUGCGGAGGAUGCGACCGGGUACGACCGUGCUGCACCUCCACGGCAACAUGUCGCAGCCGAGACGGAUGGCUAUAUAUGACACAUUCUGCAGCAAGCAGUCAGCGAUUCUCCUAGCGACCGAUUUGGCGGCCAGAGGUCUCGAUUUCCCCAGAGUAGAUUGGGUCGUGCAGCUCGAUUGUCCCGAAGAUACGGACACGUAUAUCCACCGCGUCGGUCGCACGGCCCGUUUCGGGAACUCCGGGAAGGCGCUCUUAGUCCUGCUCCCCACGGAAGAAGAAUCUAUGGUUCAGCAGCUCGAGAAGAAGUCUGUCCCCAUCGAGAAGAUUGACGUGAACCCCCGGCGUUUCUACGAUGUCCAGAGGAAAAUCGAGGCCAUGUGCGCUCGAGAUGUAGAAUUGAAGGCUUCUGCUCAGCGUUGUUUUGUUGGAUAUUUGAAGUACAUCUUCAUGCAGAAGGAUAAGCAAGUUUUCCGGAUCGAUAAACUCGAUCUCGACCUCUACGCUCGGAGUCUCGGUCUCAUUGUGACCCCCCGGGUACGCUUCCUCGACAAACACAGAGCGUCCAAAGGGAAGAAAGCAUCGAUCGUCAAGGAAAAUGAAGCAAGUAUCGGAGACGAUGGACCAGAGCGGGAGACCGCUCAAAAUCCGCCUCCGGUCCAACUUUCGAAGACGAUUGAGAAGUUCUCUUUCGACGACGGCCUGGAGAGUGAUGAGGAGAUUUUCACCAAGGGUAAACUCCUCCUGGACGGUGACGAAAUCAGUGGCGGUGAGGAAUCCGACGGGGAAAGAGCCGCGACGAGUGAGUCAGCGCUGAAGACUCAGGACAACUCGAAAGCCAGCGACAAAGUCCUCACAAAAGUUCAAGCUGCCAAGAAGAUCCUCAGGAAGAAACAUAUUGUACCGAACAAGAAGGUCGUGUUCGAUGAGGAAGGAGAAGCCUUUGAUGAAGGCGACGCGGGUCUUGGGAAGACUCAAGCAAAUGCCGAGGAGAAAGGCGGUAUCAACAUCGAAUUGAGUAAAAAGCUGAUGAAAGAGCAGGAUCGAAUCGAUAAACAAAUCUAUCGCGAGAAAGUAAAGGCCAAGCACAGGGAAGAUAGGCUGAAAGCCAAAGCUCAGCGGAGAGCUGCGACGCUCGGUGGGGAUGCUGUGCUGGAUGUCGGCGAUGGCGAUUCCCGAAUCGAUGAGCGUGGCGAAGCUGGUCGAGGGGGAAGCGAUGAAGAGCGUGGAUUCGACAAUGAGGGAAAUAAUAGCGAGUCUGAUUGGGAGGACCGUACGACUCUCAAGAGAGAAUUUCCGAACGAGGAUGAUAGUGAGGACGGUGAUGGGGAUACCGGAGGCGAACUUUAUCACGACAGUGAGAGCGGGGGAGAGUGUGAUUUGAGCGACAAGGCAUCGUCGGAUUCGCGGAGCGACGUCGAAGAUGAGAUCCCUCAGAGACACGUACCGAGGAAGCCGAUGAAGGUUCGCGGUAAAUUCGGUUUGAAAAAGAGGAAGAUCAGCGGAGUGGAGGAACUCGAUACCGGGCUAAGUCUGGCAGGCGACGAGGAACUGGCGUUGAAAUUACUCCAGUCCUGA